CUAGUCUUUCUUUGUCAGUUGUCAAACUUCUUCAUUUCCUUGCGUGUUUGCUCUGACUGCAAACAUUUUGGUGUCGAGCUCAAGCUGAUGUUACGAGAGCUUCCCAGGAUAGGACGCCAGUCGGUUGGAUCAUAAAUGAUUAAUAAUCUUCAUCCUUUGUAAAAGGGUCGGAACUUCUUAGAAAUAUAACCGAAUCCAUAACAUGCUGAUUCACGAAAACUUGAAAUGUUACUGGGAUUAAGGAUCUUGGUGUUUCUGAAUUGUCUGUGCAUAUAUCAGGUUCAGGUGGUUUUAAACUUGCAGUUUGUCACUGACAACAUAUUUGUAACUAUGCACUGGUAUCAAUUUUAUUUAAAAAUCCUUUUCUUUAGUAUGAAUCCUUCUUCUCCUGGUUGCUUAUUGGUUGAGUGGGUUUUUUUGAGUUUUUAUCAUGCAUAUGCUUAGAAAUCUUGCAGAAGAGAUGACUAAUUUGUUCAAGGCAACUGGCGAUCAACUUGACAAUGAACAUCAUUCACAGGUUUGUUUUUAGCUCAUGUAGUUAGUGAAGUUGAGGAGGAAUUUGAACAGUUGAAACUGGAAAAUGAAAAGCUUAAAAAUCAAAGCAAAAAACUUGGUGAGCUAAGAAAGAAUCUUGAGACCAGAUUAGCUGAAAAAGAAAGAGUUUUCAAGGAAAUGGAAAAAGAUAGCUCACAACUCAGGGAAAACAUAGAUAUUCUUCAGAAAGAAAAGUCUUCACAAGAUUAGAGUUUGACAACUGAUGUUAGAGGCAAAAUCUCAAAUCUCAAAACCAAAUUGAUGAGCUUGAAGUUACACAUGUAGAAAUCAAGUUAAGGAUCACUAAGUUGCAUGAAGAAAUUGAAAAGUUGUGGCAUGUGAAAAUACAAGCGUUGGUUGCUGAAAAUCAAGGUUUAUAACUAAGAAAAUUGCGUGGAGAUUUGGAAAAGGUAAUACAGGAACUGGAGUCCAAGAUUUCUUUGUUGUAAGAAGUAAAUCAUCAAUUUCGUUGCUCCAACUUAGCUCAGCCAAAAGAUUCUGCACAUUUAAAUAUAUCAGUGAUGAGGAGGGUUUGUGGAUUCAAUUUAAGCAUGAACAAGAAUUUAGAGUUUGUGCUCCAUGUGGUUAGAAUGGACACUCAAAAUCUUGGUGUCGAUCCAUUCCUCAACUAGCUUUUGCUUAAGGAAUGACUUCUAAAUUUCCUUCGUAUGUUUUUUUCAAGUGAAAAAUCAGCAAUUGAUGAAUCAACAAAGACAUUUUAAGUCUUCAUAUGCCUUUGGGUCCUGUGAAUCAAUCCAAGUCACUGGAAGAGCUUCUGCCACCUCUUCAUCAAUUUCUUCCCAUGAAUCUGAAGGUCAAGACAAAGAUGAUUCACCAAAGACAAUAUGGCUGGCAACGUUGUCAAAUGCGUUGUGAAUCCUGUGUCAUUGAAGAUACCACGGCGGAAAGUCCUGCCAAAAAUAAUUCUAUUGACAAUUAUAAUAUCUUUGAGUUUGAUAAGCCUGAAGGACCUAGCUUUACAAUUGCUUAUUCAGGGCCUUUUACACAAAUCUCCAUCAAGUCAGGUCUAGUUCUCAAAAUGAUGUAGGGAACUUUGUUGCCAAAAGUGAUGGUUUGGUGAAGUUUGUGGCCAAGAGUGGAAGAAGUUCACAUUCAUAUGCGGCAAAGAGGAAGCUUGAUUGUUUAAGUUAGGACGUGUGAAAUUGGGGCCUCCUUUACUUAUGAGCAAGCAAUCCUGACAAAAAGAGACCAAAGUUAAAAGGACUAAGUUUGGUUGAAACUGAUUCCUCAGCUGAUUUUAGAUAAGGGAAGAGUAAUGGAAUUUGUUUGAAUACCACGAUAAUCAUGCUUGCAUUUAUAACAAAUAAAAAAAAAUUGAAUUAAAUUAUUAGUAUCUUAUAAGCUAAAAAUAAACAUCUACAACCAAUGUAGUAUGAAACAAUAGCAGUAAUUUUUAUUUUGGCCAUUAUAAAACAAUAGUAAUUCAUUUGAACAGAAAUAUAUAUUUUUUAUUUAAAUUUUAAAUUGAACUUUCUUCAUAGAAAAUUUCUUAGUAAUUCAAAAGAAAAAGCUGCCAUAUAUAGUAUCGUAACGUAUUUCAAAUUAACACAAAAAAAAAAAAAAAGAAAGAAAAUGAAAGAAUGUGCUGCCACUACUUUAAAAGGCCAAAUUUCAACGGUCGAAUCGAAUCCGUUGUGUGUCAGUGAGUUAGACUGCGAGAGUGCGAGUCCGAGAGAGAUGAGAAAGGGGAAAACCAAUGAAGCGAGAAAGAGAAACAGUGAAGCUGGGGACUUGAAAUCCCUCGUCACCUACUUCAAGCAGAGAAAGUCGAGAACACGAAACAUCAAAAGCCUGAAUCUUGAAGGAGAAAAACAAGAAGAAAUUAGAGAUUUUGGAAAUGAAAAUGAGGGCAAACGUGGAAAAGGGUUCUUCGCUUGCUAUCUAUUAACCUCUCUCAGCCCUCGCCAUAAAGGCCAUACCUAUGUCGGAUUUACUGUGAACCCACGGCGUCGGAUUAGGCAGCAUAAUGGGGAAAUAGCGAGUGGUGCUUGGAGGACAAAGAGCAAACGCCCCUGGGAGAUGGUCGUAUGCAUUUAUGGUUUUCCAACAAACGUUUCUGCUCUCCAGUUUGAGUGGGCCUGGCAGCACCCUCAAGAAUCAUUGGCAGUAAGGCAAGCAGCUGGAACUUUUAAAUCCUUCUCUGGAGUAGCCAAUAAGAUCAAACUUGCAUAUACGAUGCUUACCCUCCCUGCCUGGCAGAGCUUGAACAUCACAGUAAACUAUUUCUCAACCAAAUACAGAGAGCAUUCUGCUUGUUGCCCAAGCUUGCCAGAGCAGAUGAAAUUUCGAAUUUGCUCAAUGGAUGAGCUUCCCUGUUAUACUGAACAAGAUGAGUUUGAAUACAAAGAUGAUUGUGAUAACUUAGAUGAAUUUGAUGAAGUCAAUAAUACAUGUGAAACUGUUUGGGAAACAUAUCCAGAUGAGGUGGUUAAUGUUUCUGCAAAUAAUUCUCAUAGCAGCAUCAACGAGGCUUCUCAUGAUCAAUUUGAAUACAUUGAAGGAUAUGGAACGAGAAAACUAGGGGACUCAUCCACUCUUGGAGUACAUAAUAAAGAGUCAUAUGUUUUUAUUGAUUCUCCAACCAGUAACGUGACCUCAAUUGCUACUGCCCUCCCCUUGGUAGAGGCUGCUGAAUGUGCAGAUACAAGCACUGUUAGGGGGGAGUCUUUGAGGACGAAGCAGUUUACAUAUGCUGUAGAAGCUGAUGAAGAUCCACAACUGUUGGUAGGAAAGAAACUGUCGACUACUUACGAAGAAUGUGAAAAACUAGGGGACUCAUCCAAUGGAAAAACAGCUGAAGUUGCCAAUAUAAGCAAUAUUGAAAAGGAAUGUCCGAAUCAGAAGCAAUUUGCAGCUUUAGUGGCAGCCAAUGUUGAUCAACAACCAUGGACAAGAUUGAAACCAUUGACAACUGAAGUUGCAGUUAUUGAAGAUCAACUCCCUAGUUCUGCUGUUGUUGAUGAAGUCGAAUUUAUAGAUUUAUUAACCCCACCUCCCGUCUGUAAAGUCAGGUCACACACCAAAAAGAAAAGAAUUUCUGUGUUUUCUCCAGAGAUCAUAGAUCUCACUUGAGCUUUGUCCAAGUAUAGAAUGCUUGGCACAAUAAUGAUGAUAAUAAGAGAAGGAUUAAUCUCACUUGAGCUUUGUCCAAGUAUAGAAUGCUUGGCACAAUAAUGAUGAUAAGAGAAGGAUUAAGCAGGCCACAAGAGUAUUCUUUUUUUUUUUUUUUUUUUUUUGAAAGACAGUAAUUUUAUUAGUAAGUGAAGUUGAAAUACAAACUUCAACAAGAAUCCCGAAGCAUUACCAGAAUGAACGGACCCGAACAAAACGAGCUCGAACUCUGUUUCCCCCAUCCUUACAAUUGUUUAGCUAAUUCAUGUCUACUUGAGGCUAAAACAAUGUAGUAACCAAAGAAAAAAAAAAAGAUAGAAAAGCCCAUCCAACACAUUCUGUCGAACCUUUUAAGGCAUUCACAACAACUCAUUAAAGAGGUUAACAUUCGCAGACAUACCUCAGAAAACAACCAAAUUCGCCAUUCGAUAUCAGCUAGUUGACACAGAGAUAAGAGGGACAAACUAUGCUCCAAGGAAGCGCCGUUCUGAAGUCAAAUCCAGGCUACCAGAUUUUCAGUGUGAUUCUCUCCAGAGUUUACAGGACCAUCUGCCAUGAGUUGCAUUCUCUAGGAACGCCAAGGGACAGUAUCACGACCUGUUGCCCGAAGAACUGCAUUUUUUGAAUCAUUGUGAAUGAUCAAAGGGCACGAAUGAGCCCAAGUAAAUGCGGCAUAUAUGAUAAGAGCUUCACAAAUUGCAAGAAGCUCGGCGAGCUUGGAGCUUCACAAGAGUAAUUUCUUUAAUCCUUAAUCAUCUGGGAGGACUGAAUAGGGAAUUUAUUUCAAUUCCAUUACAAAAUCACCCUUGCUGCUUGAAUGCUAAUUAAUCAGAUCAGAUGUUACUGUUUUCAUCAAAUACCGCAAUCCUCUGUAUCUACUGAUGAGGAAAUCACGUCAUUGUAUAUUAGGAACGAACUUGCGUACGUUGAAAUUAAAAGUUCAUUUGAUUUUUCAGUCUGAAAUCUCUAGCUUGAUAACGGUGAUUGUAAGGUGCUUACUGUUGAUUUUUUAUUGGAUAUGUACCUUUGGAGCAUCUCAAAUUGGUUAUGGCAGUUAUAUUAAAAGGGCGUUAUGAGAUGGUUAAUCAUGCAGCCUGGGUGAAACUUCUCCGAGGACUGUAAAUCUUCCGUUCCCCUUAUUCCCUGUGCUUUUAAGGUUUCCCAGAUUAUGGCAAUCUUCAGAGGAAACUUCCGUGUGGGAAGUCUCACUGAGGUGAAUUACAGUUUGAUAUUUGCUUACACAUAUUGCCCUGAUAAGAGCAACUGAGGAAAGUGAAAAUUUUUCUCAGCCAGAAUAGUUCUUAUUAAGGAACUCAAAUCAAGCUUCUAAGCUAAGGACUCUGCAAAGAAGCAACCACUCACCAAGUAAAAAGUUGCGAAUAAUGUGGACAAAUUAUGGUUUUGUUUGGAAUAUUCAUUCAAAUUUAAAAAGAUUUCUUUUGAAUAAAAUUAUAAAGCUUUAUAAGAUAAAUGUUUCAUGCAAUUAAAAAAGAUUAAGAGUGUUCAUGAAUGUUAAUAUUCAA